AUGGCCUGCAACCAAUGCGAGACCCUUCGGGCCGAAAAGGCCAAUAUCAGCGCCCAGCUCCGGGAAGCACGGGAUACCAUCAACGAACUCCAUGCAAAGAUCCGCGAAAAGAACUUUGAAGUGGAGGAAAAGAACGCCAAAAUUCGCAACCAGUCCAUCAAAAUCCAGCAACACGAGGGUACCAUCAAGAAGAGAAACGACCAAAUCAAAUCCCUCGAAGCUGAAAUUGCCAAACUCGCAGAGGAAAAGAAGGAGUCUGACAAGAUGGUAGAGGGCAUGGGCGAGGAGCUUUUUGGUGUAUCGGAGGAAUUGGACAAUGAAAAGGAGAAAGUUGGUGUCUUCGAGGCUUCUUUGGAAGAUGCGAGAGCAAAUUUCACGACUUUGAAGACGGAGAUGGAUGAUGUUAAGGGGGCUAUGGGUCUUGAGAUCAGGGCUCAUGUCCAAAAUAUUGAGACUUUGGAGUCUGUAAAGACGGACUUGGUGGAGAAGAUCAACGACUUGGAGCGGGAGAAGGGUUCAUUGACAACAAACAUUACGGCAAUGAACGGAACUAUCACAUCCCAAACCAGCGAAAUCGUAACCCUGUCGACCAAAAACCUACAAUUGACCACUGAACUUGCAGACGCCCAGUCCACAAUGGAGUCCAACACCGUCAAUCAUCAAGCAGCAUUGGUUCAACUCAACAAGAGAUAUAGCCAUAUCAAAUAUGUGUUUCUCUUCGUGUCCUUCCUCUUGUCUGUCGGUUUCGGUGUCUUUGUGGCUCCCCUCAUCUACAACACCAUUGCCAACUAUUUCGCCCCGCCUCCCGUCCCUUCGAUCGAGCCGCCUCCCGUUCCUUCGCUCGCGGCAAUCUCCCGGCUCCAAGCCGCGGUGCAGCCAAUUUAUCUGAAGGAAGCGAUGAGCAUCGGCCGGGAUUGGACCCCCCCACCGACCUUUGGUGAGAACUUCGUUGUUUUGGCGAAUUUGCUCUGGAGAGAAUUUGGCGCCAAUCAUGUAAAUUAG